AUGGAGAGCUUUCAGAGCGUUUCAGAGCGAUUGGACCAACCGUUGGAGUUGCACAUCGUCGCACCUGGGUCCUACGGUGCCCAGGACCUCUACCUCUGGAAGAUGGUCAUCACGCCGCUGAGUGGCGAGAUUGUGCCGGAGGACUCGAGCCUUGAGCUCAAGGCGACCACGGGCCGUUUCGGAAGCCAGAAGCUUACUUUGAAGCUCAUGAAGUCCAAGAAGAAGCGCUGGUACAAGGGCUUGAUUGCCCAGUUGCAGACAGGACUGAUGCCCUUUCGUUUUCACAACAGCCGUCAGUCUGAUCAAGCAACUGUUCUCCCCUGGACAACUGAUCUCGCCAUGGCCUCUUGGUCAUCAUCAUCAUGGUCUAACAGCGACUCCAGCAACAGCUGGGACAACCGACAGCAAUGGAAUCGAUGGAGCAAAGAAGACAAAUGGGACUCCAAAUACUCAGAGAAGUCGUGGGAAUGUGUAGCCAGUCCCACGUAUCAAACUUUUUCUUUGCCGUCUUCUUUUGUCUCUGAUGACCAGCACUAUGACAAGACCCCUUUGGGCAAAGGUGCUCAUGUGCUGCAUAAGUUGGUUCAACCCACAGAGUGGUCUCGCAAAGCUGGGCUGGCUGGCCGUGAUGUCAGCGACAUCCGUGCCUUUGAGCUUGCCCAUCGAGGCCUUGGAGAUUUCUCAUUUCGAUUGUUGUCAGAAGGACGGCACCAGAGUAUCGUCUGGGCUCGAAGCGGCCAAGAAUCGGUACUCAUCACAGCACUGUUGAAGAAGCUUCGUGAAAGUGGUGUUUCUAUCGAUGAGGCAGCAAAAGCAUGCCAUACUUCGGCUCCUCCAGACAAGCAUAAGGAAGCAAUGCGAUUCAUGGAACCGCUUGCUCAAGAACUUUUGAAUUGUGUUUUGGCCAAAGCGCCUCCAACAAAUCCAGAUGCCUCCGAAGAACUUGCCAAAGCUAAAGCCAAACUGGCUGAGCAUGGCAUUGCAAUGUCCCCUCUGAAAAGGAAGGCGACUGAAGAUCCUGAGCCUGACUCAGGACGACGGGCAAAGCCUGCCAUGCCCAUUGCUGAGCCGGAAUCCCAAAUGGAAGCUGAACAGCUCCUUAAAGAUCCGCAACGAAAGCUGGAUACUCGUCCCAAAGGAGCCACAGAUGACCAUGUCACUGAAUGGCUAGCCACUUACAAGAACAAGCCAGAGUUUAAAGGCAAGUAUCAAAUGUUGGUUAAGCAUGUACAGACUGUCCAGAAGCUUCUCAAAACUGAAGCAUCUAAAGACCAACUGGUUGCAGCUGCUAAAGAGUUUGGUCUGGAUCCAAAGUUGGCAUCCAGACUGUCUAUCAAGAAUUUGUCUACUGUGAUUGCGGUUGCACAAUUCCAAACUGCUUGA